GUCCCCAGUUUUCUUUUUCUUUUGUGUUCCAUGUUAUCUACCAAGAAGAAGAUGGCCAACGCCGUUGGUGCCAGGCACGUUAGAGCUUGUGAUAGCUGUAUAAAGAGAAGGGCUCGAUGGUACUGUGCUGCCGACGAUGUUUUCCUUUGUCAAGCCUGUGAUUCUUCGGUUCAUUUGGUGAAUCCGUUUGCUCGUAGACAUACACGAGUUCGCCUGAAAACCGCUUCGGUUAAUUCCUCGGAUAGCUUUUCACCGUCGUGGGAUCGAGGGUUUACUAAAAAGGCAAGGACGAAGCGACCCGUGAAGGGCUCCAGAAGGAAGAACGACCUCGUUUCUAUCGUGCCGGAAAUCGGUGUCGAUGAGAUAUCGCAUGAAGAGAAUGAAGAGGAGCAGUUGCUUUAUAGGGUGCCGAUAUUUGAUCCCUUUGUUGCUGAAUUAUGCACUUCGACCGACUCUAAAGCUUUAUUGGCUGACGGUUCGAAUGGGGUUUUCCCUUCCGAGAUGGAUCUUGCAGAGUUUGCCGCCGAUGUCGAGAGCCUGCUCGGUAAGGGUCUCGAAAACGAGUCGUUCGCAAUGGAGGAGCUGGGGCUAAUCGACUCCAAAGAGGACUUUAGAGACUGUUCAAUGGUAAACGGUAAAGUGAAGGUUGAAGACGAAGAGAGUUUCGAACCUUUUGAGUUAAGCUUUAACUAUGAUUCCCCGGCAAGCUGCGGCCGAGAGGAUGAGUUUAAAAAGCAAGAAGUGGUAAAUAAGAGUAAAGGGGAAGUGGAAUACGAACAGAAUACAGAGAAAACGAAGAAGAAGGAACCAUUUUUGAGCUUAGAUUAUGAAUCAAUCAUCUCUUCAUGGGCAACCCAAGGCUCCCCGUGGACGUCCGGUGGCCGACCAGAUUUUAACCCCGACGAUUGCUGGACCGAUUGCAUGGGAAAUGAAGGAGAAGAAGUUCGCCAUAGCUACGGUGGUUUGAUUUGCAUGGGAGGACAAAUUCCGACAAUGGGAGAUGGAGCAAGAGAAGCAAGAGUAUCGAGAUACAGAGAGAAACGGAGAACGAGGUUGUUCUCGAAGAAAAUAAGGUACGAGGUUCGGAAACUGAAUGCUGAUAAGAGGCCACGAAUGAAAGGGAGGUUCGUGAAGAGGGCAUCGUUUCCAUAGUAUUAAAUUGCAGUUGUAAUAUCGUAACUGCAAUUACAAUUUAAUACUAUUAUCGUUUUGAACUCAGUGUCAGUCAAACUAAUCAAUGGUUAGUUCUUCCCGGUGUUUCUGCCUCUA